AUGGCACAACGCUCUCCAAAUGGCGUGUCCCAAAUGCACUACCAUCCUGAAUACUACCUUAGAGACGGUGAUGUCACCUUCCACGUCGAAGGCACCUUAUUCCGUGUUCAUCGACACUUUUUUGAGCGCGAGUCACAGUUUUUCGUCAAGGAAUUCGCAAAGGCUCCCAAGGAGGGAACUUCUGACUUCAGCGCAUUUCGACUCGAUCAAGUAAACUCUGCCGACUUUGCGAGGUUCUUAUGGGUCUGGUAUAGUCCCUCGUACAGGCGCGAAAGCAAACCCAAAGACCACUGGUUAAGCAUACUGGAGCUCUCGACGAUCUGGCAAUUCCCAGAGAUAAAGCAGCUAGCCAUCGAUGAGCUCCAGAAGCUCAACAUCGAACCCGUUGAGAAAAUUACUAUAUACGACAAAUACCAGAUCGAUAGAUCGCUUCUCUUGUCUGCAUACAAGUUCCUAUGCAAGCGGGCGAGCCACAUAUCCGAAGAGGAGGGUGAGCGGCUCAGGAUGCCCACUGUCCUCAGGAUAUAUGAGGCUCGCGAGCGUGCAUAUGGGGGCCCAGCGGAGAACAGGAUCCGCAACCCGAUCUCCGCUGGUGCAGGCGAUGAGGAGCUGGAAAAAAUUUUGAUUGAUGUAUUCAGUCUCAAAGGUCAUGCCACUAACGGACAGGACGCGCAGCCGCCGGUAAAAUCAGACGAUGUGCCAAUCAUGCAGACUCCGAAGCCGCAUGUGAAUGGAGCCACCAAUGGCCAUAAGACGCCUGCAUCAGGUUCGGUAAGUAAAAAUGUUCUGCUUGAAACCGUAUGUUGUGGGACUGAUUGA